AGUGAUCUUGUUCAGGGCGGGAAAUUCUAGCAUUACCAUUACACAUGUCAACACAAGUACCCACCUAGACAGCGGUACUUAUACUAUAUACAGCGAUAGGUUAUCGAACAGGUUACUUGCACACAUACUACUCUAACGUUAACGUUUAUUGGAUUAUUGUGGUUCUUCACAACACCCGAGGUUUAAGACAGGGGGAGCCAUGCAGGCCUUUUUGAAAGGUACGUCUGUCCAAUCUAGCAAACUCCAGAAGGACAAGGGAGCCCCGGGUACCAGCACAGAGAAGAGAGUCCGACCUGUCCCUUGGGUCGAGAAAUACAGGCCAAAGUGUGUGGAUGAAGUUGCUUUUCAAGACGAGGUGGUAGCAGUAUUGAAGAAAUCUUUGGAAGGGGCAGAUCUACCCAACUUGCUAUUCUAUGGUCCUCCUGGAACAGGAAAGACCUCUACCAUCCUCGCAGCAUCCAGGGAACUCUUUGGUCCCCAGCUGUACAAACAGAGGGUGUUGGAGCUGAAUGCCUCAGAUGAGCGUGGCAUCCAGGUGGUCCGCCACAAGGUCAAGAACUUUGCACAGCUCACCGUGGCUGGAACACGCACAGAUGGAAAGAGGUGCCCUCCCUUUAAAAUCAUCAUCCUGGACGAGGCUGACUCCAUGACCGGGCCAGCCCAGGCGGCCCUUAGGAGAACCAUGGAGAAGGAGUCUCGCACAACCCGUUUUUGUCUCAUCUGCAAUUAUGUCAGCAGGAUCAUCGAGCCGCUGACCUCCAGGUGUUCUAAGUUCCGCUUCAAGCCCCUUGCCAAUUGGAUCCAAGAGGAGCGGUUGCUGGAAAUCUGUUCAAAGGAGAACCUGAAGUACUCCAAAGAGGGUAUAGCAGCGUUGGUGAAGGUGUCGGAGGGGGACUUGCGUAAGGCCAUCACAUUCCUCCAGAGCGCAGCACGCCUCGUCGUAGACCAGGAGAUCACAGAGAAGACCAUUGUGGAGAUCGCCGGAGUAGUCCCUUCCAAAAUGAUUGACAACUUACUUCAAACCUGCUUCAAAGGGACUUUUGAGAAAGUUCAAAUUGCCAUUAAGGACAUAGUGGAUGAAGGCUAUGCAGCCACUCAGAUCCUGAUCCAGCUCCACGAGAGCAUCAUUGAACAGGACCUAAAUGACAAGAAAAAGUCAGCUAUCACGGAGAAGAUGGCGGUAGUGGAUAAGUGCUUGGCGGAUGGAGCCGACGAGUAUCUCCAGCUGUUGAGCCUGUGUUCGAUCAUUAUUGAACAGUCCUCUACCAACUGACACCUUGUAUUCCGGCGGAGGCUGAGGUUCUGCCUCCAGAACAGUUCUUACAGAACACAAGCACUUGUAUCUACCCUCGGCAGUACAGUUUCCAACAGUCUAGUUUAUAGAGAAUUCGAAGUAUGAGCUUAAUUGAUGUGUCGAGUUUAUAUUUUGACUAAAGUGACCAUCAAGCCGUAGCAUUUUGGAUUUAAAGCCACUGAUAACAAUGCUACACGGUAGCUGUAAUCAUAAUUUGAGCUACUUUCAGCAAUGUUUGUAAGGAAGUACCCAAUGAUGGCACCAAAUAAAGCAGGCUAGUAGCAAUUGCUAUUUAUUAUACUGAUCUUUCUUACUCCUUUAAAUAAAUGUAGGACUUCUGACAUCCAGUCGACAUCGAUAUAAAUCCUUGCGAUUCUACCCUUACCGAGUAAGGUUAUUCAUUUGGUAACCUCUUCAGCAUAGCAUAAACAGCAAUUGUAAUAACCUGUUCAUUUACAUUCUCAUUAUCUUUUUAUACUCUUUGUAUUUUACUACUGAUAAAAAGUAAUUUGUA